CAGCAGUAACCUUUUACUCUUACCAGUUGACGCAGACCUUCAUUUAACACUCAUCAUUUGUUUCUCUCUCUAGAUUUGAGUUCUUGUCUUGUGUGUGCCAGCAACAACACACGGAGAGAGAUGGCUAUGAACCAUUCAGGGGUUGUGUUGUUGAGGGUGGGUUUGGUGGUUGUGGCUCUAUGCAUUGCAGGUUACAUAGUGGGUCCUCCUCUCUAUUGGCAUUUCAUGGAAGGCUUGGUUGCAGUGAAGCACUCUUCUUCUACAUGUGCCCCUUGCAUCUGUGAUUGCUCUUCACAACCCAUCCUUUCCAUUCCCCAAGGGCUUAGCAACACUUCAUUUGAAGAUUGUGCAAAGCCUGAUCCAGAGGUGAAUGGAGACACUGAAAAGAAUUUUGCUGAGCUAUUAUCUGAAGAACUAAAGCUAAGGGAAAAUCAAGCUUUGGAAAAUCAGCAACGCGCUGACAUGGCUCUGCUUGAAGCAAAGAAGAUUGCAUCUCAGUAUCAGAAGGAAGCAGACAAGUGUAAUUCAGGGAUGGAAACGUGCGAAGAGGCCAGGGAGAAGGCUGAGUUGACAUUAGUGGCUCAGAAGAAGUUGACUGCAUUGUGGGAACUUAGAGCUCGGCAGAAAGGAUGGAAAGAAGGGCUUGCCAAAUCUCAUACUCAGUCUCAAGGGAAAGUAGAGACUGCUUAGAAACAUAGCAUGGCAAAGAAGUGAUUCCAUGGAGUGGUUGUUAUAUAAUAGUUUUCAAACAAGUGUUAUUGAAUGUUGGUAAUAGAAAAUCAUCAUAGGUCCCAUAUGUGUUCACGAAAGGUCAAGUGUAAAAUACAAAUGUUGUUGUAUUUCUAACAUUCAUUUUUGGUUAUUGAUUCCACAUGUACGCCUGUUGAAAGCUACAAAUCGUUAAAUGUUGUGAUAAACUUU